UCUACUGUAGUAAAGUUUUACUGUACUACUUAACAUGAUAGGAGUAGUUACUUAAAUAUUUUUUAUGUAUUGGCUGGUCUAUAUAAGUGAUAAAGUUUACCCUAUGCUCAAAUUGGCCAAACUCUUUUAUCUCCGAGGCUUUCAUAUCACCUUCCUCAACACUGAGUUCAACCACCGGCGAUUGCUCAAAUCCCGGGGUCCCAGUGCCCUCUCUGGCCUACCUUCCUUUCAUUUCGAGUCCAUCCCUGAUGGACUCCCUCCCUCUAACGAGGACGCCACACAAGAUGUUCCAUCUUUGUUUGAGUCGUGUAAGAAGUUGUGUUUGGCCCCUUUCAGAAAACUUGUCACGAGACUAAAUAAUUCCUUGAAUUUUCCUCCUGUUAGUUGCAUAGUUUCUGAUGCUGGCAUGAGCUUCACUCAUGAAGUUUCUAAGGAAUUAGGUAUUCCUAAUGUUGCCUUUUGGACUGCUAGUGGUUGUGCCUUGUGGGCUUUCUUACAAUAUCCUAAACUUGUGGAAGAAGGUUAUUUGUCCACUAAAAGAUCAUAGUUAUUUGACCAGCGACCAUUUAGACACCACUUGAGUUAAAAAUCUGCCAAGCUUCAUUAGAGCCACAGUCGACGAACCUAGCUAUAUGGUAA